AUCCUGACUGCUGGACAACAGNNCUCGUUCCUUACCCAGCAAUACCCUGCCAUGAAGAAGGCCAACCCUCACACCCCCAUCUUGAUCCGCGAAGCCCUCGAAGUCGAGCCGAGAGUCUGGGCAAGAUAUGACUUUGGCAAGNNGGAGAAGAGCGCAAGCUUGAAGGGUCUCGACAACAAGGCUAUUGAGAGCAAGAUUGCUGAGCUGGUCCAACAAGCUCAAUAG